AUGAAUAGCAUGAAGGCAAAUACCCUGGUGCAUUUAUACAAGCAGCUGAAAACUAUCUGGAGUCCACCAGCAGUGCCAGUGCGACUCUGCAGUCUGGCCGCCUGCACUCAUAAAAACAGGAAUGAUGCAUUGCAUCCACUUUGGCAGAGUCCACUUACAAUUCCUGGAGGCACCCGACAGUCUCCUAUCAAUAUCCAGUGGAGAGACAGUGUUUACGACCCCUUUCUGAAGCCUCUGAAAAUCAGCUACGACCCAACAACAUGUCUUCACAUCUGGAACAAUGGAUAUUCAUUCCUGGUAGAGUUUGAUGAUUCUACUGAUAGAUCAAUAAUUGUUGGAGGUCCCUUGGAAAACCAAUACAGGCUAAAGCAGUUCCACUUCCAUUGGGGAGCUAUAAACGAGUGGGGUUCAGAGCACACAGUUGACAGUAAAUUUUACCCAGCAGAGUUACAUUUAGUACACUGGAAUGCCGUUGUGUACCCAACUUUUGAAGAAGCUGUAAUGGAAGGUAACGGCUUGGCUGUUAUUGGAGUGUUUUUAAAGCUAGGAGCACAUCAUGAAGGGCUGCAGACACUGGUUGAUGCCUUGCCAGCAGUUAAACACAAGGACACUGUUAUCGAGUUUGAUGUCUUUGAUCCCUCCUGUUUGAUACCUUCAUGCCCUGAUUAUUGGACCUACGCGGGCUCUUUGACUACUCCCCCACUUACCGAAUCAGUCACAUGGAUUAUUAAGAAGAAGCCAAUAGAGGUUGAUGAGAAUCAGCUGGAGGCAUUUCGGAUGCUGCUCUUUACUUCAGAUGGUGAAGAAGAAAAGAGAAUGGUAGACAACUUUCGCCCUCUUCAGCCAUUAAUGAAUCGAACCGUCCGUUCAUCCUUCCAAAGCGGGCAUCUCUUGAAUACUGAAGUACAGCCCAAGGACCAUGCUGAGCAGAUCAGGCCAUAGAUGGCCCAUGAAAUGUCAGUCCAGACUGCAAUACCUGGAUAUA